AUGCCUCAACACUCUUCCUCCUCUUCCUCCUCUUCCUCUAACACUGAAAAUUCUAAUGAUGCUAAUCGGGAAUCCUUGAACUCUCCACUCGUGUCAUCGAAAAAGCAAAAAUCCAUGCUUGACUAUGUACACCAUCAUCACCAAGACAAUGAUCUCGAUCACAAAAGAAAAAGAGAAGAAAAUGAUUCAUGGAUUGAAAAAAUGCGAAAAUUGGCUGACAGCUCUCAAACAACAACCAACAAAAACAACACCAUCCAUCAAGCACCCACUUCUCCACCUCCAUUCAGAGUUAAACCUUCAAAAAGUUCUUCUUCUUCAAGUGAACAACAUCAUGCUGCCACUCCAUCUCAGUAUCACAAAUCCUCUACACCUCCAACAAAAAGUAACUAUUCUUCCAAAAAGAAAGUCAUUGAGGGAUGGAAUUCCAAUCAUGUAAAACUUCCAUGUCAUGAAAAUAAUGUAUAUUUUCAAAACAAUAGACAAUUGUCGAAAUGGUAUCUAAUCAAAACACUUUUACAACAAAAAAUUAGAAAUGUCAAUGAUCUCAUUCAAGUGAUACGUUCGAUUAAUUCAAGUUGGACAUUCAAUUCAUCAACUUUUUCAUCACUUCAAACACUCUUUGAAGAUGUAUAUAAUGAAAGUGAAAAAGAAAGAUUUUUCAACAAAACAUUACCUUGUAUUCAAUCUCUAGCUCUAGAAUUACCUAAUUUAUUUGACAAAUCCUCAAUUCCACUUUUGAAACAACAAUCGGAUGCGAUUGUUCAUUUAAGUAGAAAACAAAUAUGUUGCCUUUUAGCACAUGCAUUAUUUUGCACAUUUCCAAGAAGAAAUCAAACCAGUAAUCCAUCCGAUGAAUACUAUUCCUAUCCAUCCAUUAAUUUUAUUACACUUUUUAAGAAAUCACCACUCACCAAACGGUUGAUUUUCAAAAAGAUGCCAAACAGCAGAAGCAACAGCACUAAGGAUUCCAUUUUUGAUGAUCAAAGUAAUACGACGACAUCGAUGACAACAACAACAUCGAUGAACCACACCUCCUCUCGAAUGAUCACACCAUCCAACCUCGUUAACGAGGAUGAAGAUUCCUUCCACAUGCCUUCUCUUUCACCUGAAAAUCAACAUGAAGGAUCCUUCAUGAUUGAUGAUCCCACUGCACCCUCUUCAGCAUUGUUAACCAGUACAGAAACUGCAACAACCACUGAGAGUUCCACUACUACUGCUACUAUUCUUAGCAAUACCACCACUACAAAUACCACCAAUACCACCAAUACCACCACAACCACCACUACUCUCUCAUCGAUGAAAACUGAAAUUCGUGCCAUGGUUGAUUCUACUAAUAAUACUACUACAAUGAUCAGUAGUAACAAUAAUCAUGAUGAAAGAAUGGUUCAGAGUUCUUCCUCUGAUGAUGCUAACAUUUCUAUUUCUUCAUUGGAAGAUGAUGUAUUGAUUGAUGGAGAAUUAUUGAGUCCAUCAACUGUUGAAGAGGAUCAACACUACGAAGAAACAAGUUUAUUAAUUGAAAAAUUGAAAACAAUCUUUCAUUAUUUCAACAAGAUGAGUGAUUACAUGUCAGAGAAUGAUCCCAUUCUUGAUGAAAUUGUAUCCUUUGAAAGAAAAAUUCUCUUAGAUGAUCCAUGUGCUAUGGAAAAGAUUUGGAAAACAAGUUCACAAAAAUUAAUCCACAAAUUGACGAUCACAGAUUGUGGUACCAUUGAGGAUGAUUCUCCUCACACUUAUGAUUGUUGUCAUGUGGACUUUGCUAAUAAGAUGAUUGGAGGAGGUGUACUUCACAAUGGAGCUGUUCAAGAAGAAAUUCGAUUCUUAAUCAACACAGAAUGUAUUGUGAGUCGAUUGUUUACAGAAGAAUUACAAGACAAUGAAUGUUUUCUCAUCAAAAACUCUAAAAGAUUUGCACGCUAUGAAGGUUAUUCCUAUACGUAUCGAUUCAUUGGAGAUUAUAAUUCUUGUUAUGAAAAAUAUUCACCUAUUAACCAUUCUCUAUUGGCCAUCGAUGCUCUCAAUUUCAAUGCUCCUCCAUUCAGGAGUCCCUUGGAUCAAUUCAAACCAAAACAUAUUUUGAGAGAAGUGAACAAGAUUUAUUGUGGAUUUUUGGGAUGUGAAAGUUCAAUCAUUGCAACGGGUAAUUUAGGCUGUGGAGCAUUCAAAGGAGAUUUCCAACUCAAAUUCCUUUGCCAGCUCAUUGCUGCUUCACAAGCCUCCUUUUAUCACAACAAUAAGGACAAUUAUGAGUUGAUGUAUUUCACAUUCUUUGAUAAGGAAUUGGCUCAAAAACUUAAAACAAUGCAUCACCUAUUGGUUCAACUGGAAGUCACUGUGUCUGAACUUUAUAAUUUGAUGGUCAAAUAUUGGACCGAUAAGAAGGACCCUUCACAUUCUGUUUUUGAUUAUAUUGUGAGUGAGUUGGUUGGUUGUUGA